UGAUAUCAGCUCAAUUGGAUGGCUGCCUAUCGCCUCACCUUUUCAACGAAUCAAGUCCAUAGUAUACGGGCAGGGCUAUCUCAGUGCAACCUACCCCGCAGUUUAGUCGUUUCACCGAAAUCUAUUCUAUGUAAGCCAUGAACUCUGUUUUUUUUCCAGUCUCAAAUACAAGCAAAUUAUAUGUCGUCUGGAAGGAAGCUAUAUUAUCUCUCUCGUCUAUUUUCUCAGACAUUUCCAAUGCUAAAAGCAACACUCUUGUCGAAUCCAGUCUUGACUAUAGGUACAUCCAGCCAUCUAUAUACCGUGUAAAACUUUGCCUCAAUAACGGGUAAUUCUGUUCAUUGGCGGGCACAACCACGAAUCAUUUCUAUAAUAAGCAUGGGGGGUCGACAUGAGUUUGGGUUACCGUCUAGAAUAGUCUCUCGACGCAGGUUUCAAUUCCUGGCCUUCUUCAAAUGCCACGAGUUACCACGGAUACUCUUCGAGCGUAUCUGCCAGCCUUCCAAGGUCUGGAACGAUGAAGGCGAAAUAGUCGAGUGCUCUGAGACGAUCAUUGGACUCGAUUCAGAUCUAGAGAAUAUAUUUCAAGAGGCAAAGGAUAAUGGAAUCAUCAAGUGUUUCGAGACGUUGAUGAGUCAAACCUAUGUCGUAGACGAAAGUUGGAAGCAGUGGUUAUCUUUCAAUACCGAUGAUAGAGCACGACGAAACAUACAGUUUAACAUAUUGGAGCUGGUAUUGAAGGCGUUACCGACACCAUAUACGGAGAUUUCGUGGAUGGAGGUAGAAACCCAAAUUCUGGAUAUUGUGCAGACGACAUGCGUACCUUUUCUGUGUAUCCUUGACAUGAAAGAUGUCUUGGACUAUUUAAAUGAUCGAGAUUUUGAUAGGGCAAAGAUAACCAGAUAUCUAGCUAUCUUAGCUAAAUUCCUUAUACGUCUAUCGAAACUGAUGGGGGACAGUACUCCAGCAACAAUCAACCCUUUGAUAUCAAGUUGCCUUGAGUAUCUCAAAGAAUGGCCUGGGGUCAAAUCAUUAUACCUAGCUCGCACAAUCAAUCAUGAGCAGAUUGAGAGUCUUGACCAUUAUGGCAUAAAAUAUUUGAAUGGAAUUAUAGGCCUUGGGUUAGCAUCAAUUCUUACAAGCGAAGAGUCCUCACACCGUUACAAACACAAUCACCAGAUUGACUGGCACCCCUUCGAAACACCUUCUGCAAACUCUACCAUUGAGUUAUUGGCUCAAGUAGAGUUAUAUGGAGCUAUAUCAUUAGCUACGCUACAAGGAGUUGUCUAUAAUGAUCUACCUUUGACGACCAGAGUUCUGAUUGCGUUUAGCGAGGUCAAGCUUGAGUCAUAUGACAAUGCGCGAGUUAAGCUCGAACCUGCCCUUUAUGAAGUCAAAAGGAUUUAUGGUUCUCAGUCUAUGGAAGUCUUUCUCGUUGGUACAACACUGGUAAAUUGUUUAAACAGAUGCCGAAUGGAAGCUUUAGCCGAGGAUUUAGUCAAUUCAAUCUUUAGAAAGGCAGUAAAUCAGCUGGAAAUGCCGACCACAACUCAAGAGUUUCUUAUUAGGCUCUCGACCAUACCCAAUCACUGUACUAACAGCGAGUUGUCCAUGGUUGUUGCAUUCGCUGAUUCUCUUCUCGGCCAAGGCAAACAUGAUGACGCCCUGUCUCUUUUUCAGGCUAUUUUGAAGAAGGGACGACCAGGCCGUGAGGACAUUACAAUGAGUGUAGCUCUAAGGAUAACAAAAAUAAUUCGCAGACUAAAUAUCCAAUCCUCAACUAAUGAUACCCAAAACCUUGAACACAGUGAUGCCUGGAAAGUGCUCAGAGGUGUAUCAGAGCUCUAUCCCAGAGUUUCAAGCAUUCUAAAAUAUGCCUACGUAGAAGAAGUUAUUUGCCAUCUGUCCCUUUUGGAAGAUAAAGAUACACGACAAAGAUUCGUGGCAUCGGAGAUCAUCAAAGUGUUGAAUCUAGAAUCGACACCCUACAAAGGGUCUGAGAGUUCGAGGAUAAGCUUUUUCGAAAAUCUGCAAACCAUAAAUCAAUACGCAGAACAGCUCAAAUUCCUGAUGGCUGAUGAGGCACCGGAAUUCCUCGCUAGCAACAUGGCGCAGCGCUUUCCUAACGCUUCUGCAGAUCUCAUUAAAAAGAUAAGUCGAGCAAGUUGGCAGAGAUUUAACAGAAUUCAAGAAAUGCGUGUCAUGCCGGAGAUUGAUGAUAUACCCGAUGCAAAGGAAUCUUUGCAUUAUCGAGAUUCUGGAAUUGGAAGCUCAAUGAAAACCGCGUCCAACAUUUUGAAUUCAUCUAAUAAUUCGAUUGUCUCAUACAGAUCAUUUAUGAAUAACGAUGCAAAAUCAAUUACCCUACCUCAAAUGCCUGAGACUGUCAAGUCGCAAGGGCAGUUUCUCUGUUUUGUAUGCGAAAAGACAAUAAUAGGGAUAACUGGCGAAGCACAAUAUAGACGUCAUAUUUGGGCUGAUCUUAGGCCAUAUGUAUGCCCUGUCAAAGGCUGUGAUGCUGAUGCGAAUCAGUUCCUAUCAAGAACCGAUUUCGGCGCGCAUCUCAAAGAGCACCAUACCACAAAGUCGCUGGGGAAAAAGUCCACCGAACGCAUAUCCACUCUUCGUUGUCCAUUUUGCGAUGAACUGCCUGGUGAAGCAGCUCUUAUUGGUCAUAUCUGUCAUCAUUUAGAGGUAGAGUCAUGUUCAAUUUUUUCACAGGAAACCGAAGAAGAACUUGAACAAAACGGUCUCGCUAUGACGCUCAGUGAUUAUGAAACUGGUCAAGCACCCGUUCAACCAGACCCAGAUCAAAAAUCUUCCCAAUCAUAUGAAAAUCGACGAAGUGAUGAGGAUACUAGAGAAGCAUUAUCAGAACAUACUGACUUUGCUUUCGACGACGACUUUGAUUUCACUGCAACAGUGGCAGCUGGUUUGCAAGACCGCGGUUUCCAUCCUGAUCUCGUGAUUGACGAUCUCGCGUUCCGAAGACGUGACUCCCCGCCUGGCUUUAAUGAAUACAGAACACCAUGGGCAGAAUCCAUCGAUGACAUAUCAAGCAUUCCGGGUGAAAGCUCUUCAUACCGCGGCGUUGUUAACCAAGGAACAGACUGAGAAACUCCAACAAAUGAUCCAGGGAUACAUUAUGCAUAAUCCGCUCCAGACGCACCAACAAACAAUUAGUGUGUACAAGCACCUCGUCGCUGGAGACUUGAAGAAAGGCACAUAUCCUGGUGGAUUACCGGAGCAAAUGCAGAAAAUAUUACAGAUGCAAGCUCAAGCAUGUGUAUUACAAAAUAUCAAGAAUAAAUUCCAACAAUAAAGUAUUGAGGUUUGCCCUUCGAAUGAUCUCUGGUCUGCACAUCUAGAUUAGACUCGACACAUCGCCUUGCCAAACUUCUCUCAUUUUGCUACUUGUGAGUGUGGCUAUGGCUAUGAUUAUGGCGUAUAACAAUACGAAAAACGGAAUACGAGGAAGCCUGGCUUCAACAAACGACUAAUAAAUUGGACAUGAUAGUUUGCAGAGGAGCUGCAAUAUUUCUAGGCGAUGACAUCAUAUUCAUCUGGAGUAGGGGUAGCUUGUACUAUAGCCGAUGUUGUCGAAGAGAGUUUGAGACAGAUUGCAUAGCCACCAACUGUACAAUACUCUAUCAAUAUGGAUUGAGCAUCUUGUCGGCAAGAGUACUAAAUAUCUCAUCAGUAGGUUAAGUUGUCUUUGACUUGGGCUUAUACAUACAUACAUACUGGACAGUCAAGUCAAGUCAGUAGUACAUAAAGCUAUUUCAACAUCAAAAUACCAAGCAUAAUACAAAAGGUUACUCAAACAUCCAAUAUAAU